AUGGCCGCCCCGGCGAACAAGACCAUCGGCGACCUCAACGGCAAGUGGGUCAUGAACAAGAGCCAGUCGAGCAACGUCGAGCCGGGGCUCGCGCUGCAGGGGAUCGGCUGGGUGACGCGCAAGGCGGUGACGAUGACGACGCUGACGCUGCACGUCAAGCAGUACGUGGCGCCGCCGUCGCCGCCCGCGGACCCGGCCACCAGCCCCGAGGCGACGCACAUCGAGAUCGAGCAGACCGGCACGGGCGGCUUCAAGGGCUCGACGGAGCGCCGCUGCCUCGACGGCACCUGGCGCGAGCACACCGACUGGCUGUUCGGCCACGUGCGCGGCCGCACCACGUGGCUGGCGACGGCGGCCGACGCCGAGGACGAGUUCCUGGCCGCCGGCUGGCUCGAGGGCGACGAGGAGAAGACGGGCCCCGCCGGCGAGGCGCACGUGCGGAGCUACGUCGAGAGCCUCGACAGCGACUGGACCGCCACGCAGAUCUGGGGGUUCAAGUUGAUCGAGGGCGUGCGCAAGUACUGCCGGAAUGUGGUCAUCGCCAAGGGCGAGGAGCGGGUCGAGCUGCAGCUGGUGUAUGACUUUAUCGAGUGA